AUGAGCAACUGUGAAGUCACCGAGGAUCCACAGGGGAGGUCCUUGGCAAGGCAGGACUGGAGGACCCUGGGGCAGAACGAGACCCCAGACACACUGGUGGUGGUGGUGGUGGUGAGGCUUCCUCUGGACCUGGGGCAGUGCAGGACCAGUAUAAAAGCCAUCCCAGCUCUUCACUCUCUCAUUCGCUUCGCUCCUCUUCUUCUCCUUCGGAAGCAAGUGCACCUCCAUCCCCGCAACAUGUCCUGCUACAGCCAGUGCCUGCCCUGCCAGCCCUGCGGCCCGACCCCGCUGGCCAACAGCUGCAACGAGCCCUGUGUCAGGCAGUGCCAGAACUCCACCGUCGUCAUUGAGCCCUCCCCCGUGGUGGUGACCCUGCCCGGACCCAUCCUCAGCUCCUUCCCGCAGAACACCGUUGUGGGGUCCUCCACCUCCGCUGCCGUUGGCAGCAUCCUCAGCUGUCAGGGAGUGCCCAUCAACUCUGGGUGCUGUGACCUCUCUGGCAUUUCCAGCCGCUACUGCGGGAGAACGUGCCUCCCCUGCUAA